GUGUAAAUUGCUCGUGCGCUUCUGGACGAGAAAUUUUUACGUUACCAAAUUCCCCAAACAAAAAUAUUUGCCUAAUUAAAAUGAAAUUCUUCGUGUUCAUUGCUUUGGCGCUCAUUGGCUUCGCGGCUGGCGCACAGUUGCCCGACUCGGCCACACAGGGACCCAAUCCUCAGGACAUUGCCACACCCGAACCGGAAUACAUUGACAUCGAGGAGCCAGCGCCAGUGGCUUCUGCACCCGCACCACGCCCAGUUGCCCCUCUGCCUCGUCCGGUGGCCCGUCCCGUUGCCAUUGCCCAGAACUUUGUCCAUGUGCAGCAGCCAAUUGUUCAGCAGCCAAUUGUACAGCGUGCCCAGUACCUGGCUCCUCUGGUCCAGCAGCAGCAGCAGCAUGUGUCUGGACACGCAUACAACAGCCAGAGUGGUUACCAAUACCGUCGCCCAGUCUAUGUAAGACGCUUCUACCGUCAGCGCCGCUACUAAAGAGGGGCAAUGCCUAGCAAUUAACUUUGACUACUUAUUUAAUAUAUCUAAUUCUUCUUUUAUGAAUCCUUAUUUGUUUUUAUUCUUAUUGCUCGCUGUUUUUAUUCACACACUUUAUAUAUUUUUUUCUCUUGUCCCCUUUUGUUCCCGUUCCUGAUCCCGUUCACGUUCACGUUCCCGAUCCCGCUUUCAACACUACUACCUCUACUACUAUUUCUACUACUAUCUGCACACAUGGAAAUAGCAUUAACCAAUACCAAAUACCAAUCCCAAGCACACAUACCACAAGCACCACCAAAAUCUACUAUACAGCUCUUCAAUCUAUCCAAAAAACUAUCCAACUCUCGCAUCUAACAAAAAUCCUAAUCAAAGGCGUUUUCCCACGAAACGCUUACGAGUAAUAUACAAAUACUAAAAAAACAUCAAAGUACAAAGAGACAAAUGAAGUUCGGAAGAUAAAAAGAACCAUCGAAGUCGAAAUCGAAAAUGAAAACGAAAUCGAAGUAUUUAGUUAUUGUUGAAUCGCAAACACAAGUAAAUAAAGAUAAAUUAUUUGUAAAAAAAAAAAAAAAUAUACAAAACAAAAGCAA